AAGACCCUUUUGAGGACUUCUUUGGGGGCAGGCGAGGUCCAAGAGGAAGCAGAAACAGAGGUGGUGGAUCAUUUUUCUCUGCCUUCAGUGGAUUUCCUGCUUUUGGAAGUGGUUUUUCUUCAUUUGACACAGGUUUUACUUCAUUUGGUUCACUGGGACACGGAGGUCUUACUUCGUUCUCCUCUACGUCGUUUGGCGGCAGUGGGAUGGGUAACUUCAAAUCAGUAUCAACCUCAACUAAAAUAGUUAAUGGCAGAAAAAUUACUACAAAGAGAAUUGUUGAGAAUGGGCAAGAGAGAGUAGAAGUUGAAGAAGAUGGCCAGUUAAGGUCGCUAACAAUAAAUGGUGAGGCAGAUGAAGAAGCCUUCGCUGAGGAGUGCAGACGGAGAGGACAGCAUGCCCUGCCCUUCCAGCCGACCAACCCUCGCCUGCUGAAGUCUCACAAGCCCGCCAGCUCCCCCAGAUAUGCCUAUCAUUACAACAGCGAUGAGGUGGAAGAGCAAGAUAGAAGCCGGGUUACAAGCAGCUUGGAGACCCCUUUUUAUUUAUCAGGACACAAAGAAGGCAGCAAGAGGAGGAAGCAGAAGCAGAGAGAGGAACAGAAGAAGAAGAAGUCAACCAAAGGGAGUUACUAA